GCCUGUUCAACCUCGUGGGUUUUCUCCGGGUCCUCCGGUUUCCUCCCACUACUAAAGACCUCUACGCGCAAGCGAAUUAUUGAAAUAAAAUUAAACCAUAUGUUAGUCCCGAAAUGACCUGGUUUGUGUCGAGUGGACGUUAAACCCCAUUUCUCUCUCUCUCUCCCACCAUUAAAAAUAUUCUUUUAACUGGUUUAGUGAAUAUUUUAACACCAAAUUCCAGGAGGCCUUGUCGUCGCCAUAUGGAUCGAAGUGCAAGGGGGUGUGGUAAUUACGUUUCACUUUUCAUGGCCAUUUAAAAAAUAUAUAUGAAAAUGAAAUGAAAUGGGGUUUAACGUCCUACUGUUCUGCUCCGACUGGGCUAAUGAAGACGGGUAUACGCCAUACAGUGUGCUAUGAGGAAAAUUCUGCCCGGACAGCGGCACUACGGCCUACUCUUAUAUCGAAUUCCAACUGUCAAGGGAUAUUUUACUUGCACGCCAAUGUAAACACGGGACCUCGGUUUUUCGUCCCAUCCCAACGAAUAGACAGCUGUCUUUGUCAGGUCCUCCGUCCUGCAUCACUGACAAGGGGAAACAACGCCGGAAAAUAUAUAACCAAUGAGGGCUGUCCCUCGCAAAGGCUCUUAAAAAAAUAUGAACCAAGUUACCAUGGUUGCUUUAAAGCUGCGAAUUUUUGAUGCGAAUAAUCGUUGUUUUGGGGUGGGAUCCUGAUAUUAUCUCGAGACCUUUUCAUUGGAUGAGAGUUAAAAUCCUAUAGGCUCUUAGGGAAUGAAAGGGACGCAUUUUUAAAAUUAAUAUUUUCGUGAAUAUGGUCUCUACAGUUAAAUUCAAAAGUUACAAAUUUGCAAUCCUAUUGGGUUACUUGAUAGCUUCUUAAUACAUGAUACACCUUACAGUCUUUAAAAAUGAAAGCUUGUAAGGUUAAAACCUGUCUCAGGCUGCAAAAAGCGGUCUGAAUUUCGGGAAUUUAAACGAAAAUCAAAGUAAUAGUUUUAAACCCAUAACUAGACUAAAGUUCGGCAGUUUAUUUUUAAAAAAAAGCAAAAAAAAAAAAAAAAAAAAAAAAAAAAUAUCCACCAACCAAUAUCCACAUUAGCAGUAGAGUAAAAUCGAAGUUUUAAACCCAUACCUAGACUGCUAGAAAUAUCGAUCUGAAGAUAGGCAAUUUUUUUUUAUAUAUUAAAAAAAAAUACUAUAAACACUAGGAAAGAAAAUCGAAGAGUUUCCGCGAAGCACUUUAAGAAUGUUGUCCACUGUCUAACAUCUUACAAGAAUGUGUCAACACUCAGACGUGCUACAAAUCCGUUACAGCAACUCACGCAGGAUUCCACAAAAAAUACAACCACUUGAAUGUUAUUUUACAUGCGAGCCACGGUGGGUAAGUGGGUAAGACGUUGGCUCGCUAGUCUGGAGGUCGGGUGUUCGACCCCUGCAUUGCCAGAGAAUGUUCAUCGGGAUUAUCUGAGGUGCCCCCCCCCCCCUUGUCAGUGGUUCAGGAAGGAGGGUCUGACAAAGACAGCCGUCUAGUCAUUCGGUUGUGACGAAAAAUCGAGGACCCGUGUAUAAAUUGGCGUGCACGUAAAACAGUUGGAAUUCGAUAUAAGAGUAGGCUAUAGUGCCGCUGCCGGGUAAAAGUUCCCUCAUAGCACACUGUAUGGCGUAUGCCCGUCUUCAUUAUCCCAGUCGGAGCAGAACAGUAGGACGUUAAACCCCAUUUCACUUCAUUUUAUUUCCUUACAUAACGCACCUUUAACAAUAGUGCGGUACGCUUUCAGCGGUUCCGCCUCCCUCGGGGUGAAAUAACCCCAAAGUGUUUCUUAAAAUCUGUCUCGCACUCAGACGACAAUGUUAAACCCCCAUUUCAUUCCCUUUCUGUUAUUUUACAUGCAGAUUGGCACACCCGCGAAACCCUCCAGCUUAGAUUUACACGUUUUCUGCGACACGAGGUGUAAGGAUUUGAAUUCAACAAAGCUCUUUUUAAAUACGGAUAAACUUUAAAGAGGGGAAACAAUUUUCAAUAACAGCCAAAGUGGGUAAACAGAUUGUCGAGCGCACUUUCUUUGUUUGAAUUGAACAAAUAACUCAAGAAAAACGAACACGAAAAGGGAAAAACAUAGAAGAAAAUCUCCCUAAGAUAAAAUCUGUGCAUAAUGUUAUAAAAGCUUAAUUAUUAUGUAGACUGAACGUGUGAAAGCGAAUUUCCUCGCGAUCAUUUCUCGCGAUGUUGACAUUCAGAUCCACGUUUCAUACCAUAUAUAGAUCCAACCAAUGAUAGCGUUUGUAUUAUCGAUCUCAACCUUUGACCUGCUGGUUAAUGUCAAUAGUUAAAGUAAGAAGAAAUAAAAGUAGAGAGAUAUUAGUUGGUGGUUUAUGAUAUUGGGGCCGGGGUGUUGUGCUCGAUUCAAUGUUAUCGGUGUGUGUAUUUAGUAACUACUACACGUUCAAGUAGUGAAAAUAUUCGGUUAGAUUUAACGUUGUAGGGAUUAUAACAUACCGUUAUAGUCCUUGUCGUUACAAUAUAUAGUUUACUGGGAAUUAACAUCGGGCACCUAUUCACUGCCCCUAACCCCUGGAUUUUAUAAUCAGGAUAAAUUCUAUCACAGACGAAGGAUGGCGACGAAUUUGCCGCCAUGUGUCAUCAGUAAUAGAGAUCCUGUCAGCGUGUUGAUGGAACAUGGACAGACAAGGGAGGUAACUGUUGAUUUUACGGAAUGUACACGUACUGGACCAGCUCAUAAUUCAAGAUUCCAUACAGCCGCCCUGGUUAACGGAAAGCGCUUUGCUGAAGGGCACGGUACAUCUAAGAAAAAUGCCAAAAAGAUCGCCGCGGAGCUAGCGUUAGACAGAUUAUACAAAGUUGCCAGCCGUAAUCUGAAGGAUGCCAAUCAAAUAGCGGCAGAAAAUGUAGAACUCAGUGAAGAAGAAGGGGAACAACCCGAGCCACUUUCACCGGCCCAGAAAAUAAAAGCUAUGGCUAAAGGCGUGUUUGAAUUAGCCGAAGAAACACAGAUGAUAUAUUUCUGUAAAGAGAAAGUCGUAGCAGCGUUUUUAAUGGAGCGGAACGGACAGCAAACUGUGGUGGCGCUGGGAACAGGUAAUCGAAGUGUAUUGUAUCAGAAUUUAAAGUCAGAUGGAACGUGCAUUAUACAAGCUCAUGCUGAAAUAGUAGCUAGAAGAGCCUUUGUCAGGUUCUUGUACAAUGAGUUAGAUCGUUUCGUGGAAGGGGAAAAGAAUCCAAUCUUUACAAGAAGCAAUUCAGGUAAAUUAAGUCUGGUUGAUGGAGUCAAGUUCCAUCUGUAUAUUAGUCGACCACCUUGUGGAGAUGCAUCAGCGUUUCCUACUAUCGGAAGUAAAGAUGUAAGAAGUAAGGCGUUAAGAAAACAAGGAGUAUUAAGAACAUUGGUUGCUGACGGCGAAGGAGCUAUUCCAACCGAUUCAGUACUUCCGGCAGGCCAUAAUGGCGAAGAAAGGCUAAGGGUCAUGACCUGCAGUGACAAAAUAUGUCGAUGGAACGUUGUUGGUGUACAAGGGGCGCUACUCUCCCAUAUAAUGGAGCCUAUUUAUCUGUCUUCCGUUGUGAUUGGAAGCUAUUCUGGUGACCAGAAAGAACACGUACCUCGCGCCGUGUUUGGUAGACUAAAAACUGGAGCACUGGAUGAAAAGAUCUACAAUCCUUAUAUGGUGAACUCGCCUAGUUUGUAUUAUCCAGAAGAUCAUGACCUGGAUAACUAUGCCUUAAAUAAAUCGAGACAGUACAGUGUUAUAUGGACGAUUGGUGAUGAAGGGGUCGAGGUUAUUGAUGGUAUAUUUGGUACCAAAAUCUCUGGCCCGACCGACAUGCCAUAUUCUGCAAUCAGUAAGAAGCAUUUCUUCACCCUAUUCCAUCAAAUUUGUACCAAGUUUGGACGUCGGGAUCUGUUGGGGAAAUCCUACCUACAGAUUAAAGAUAAAGCUUCAGAAUAUCGUCGGAACCAAGAUGUUCUUUAUCAACAUUUUGUGUCGAAAAAACUAGGAACGUGGUGCUCUGUGUCGGAGAAUUAUGACGUAGACAACUUUUAUUUAUAGCAUGUGUCGGAAUAAGAUUUUCGUAUGGAUAUAUAUAUAUAUAUAUAUAUAUAUAUAUUCGCUAUGAACUGAACAUUUAUCAGUAUAUCAACGAAGUUUUAACUCAACUGAAAGGUCAAUGAACUUUGACCCUACUAAGGUCAGCUCUAUAACCUUGACCUGCUAUAUAUUAUUGAUAUUGAAAUAUUUGAUCUCCAAGGAAGCAUUAAACUUAUAGAAGAGAAAAAAGAUGGCGAAUGCGACUAGAUCUGUGAUCUGUUUCUACGUAAAGGUAGACAUUAUUUAUUGUGUUGACAUACGGCCUUUACGCAAUUUAAACGUAAUGGACAAUUGAUUGACACAUAUCAUUGACGGUGCCAAAUUAUAUGACACUAAAACCUACAUAUAAUUUACUAACAAGUUUUAAAAGUUCGACUGUGAUCACGUGGAUAGAUGUCAAUAACGCCAUCAACCAAUCAAUUGACAACGGAAAUACAACCUACGCCAUUGUUAUCGUCUACACAAAAAAUGCUUACGUCAUUACAAAAAGUGUAGCGUAGUUAACAUAAUUUCCUACUAUCCAUUAAUAUAAAAGAAGUAUUACAUAUAGUUUGAUGCUACUGUCCCGCCAAAAUAUGUCAUAGGAAUGCCCAUUGUAUAAAACUUGCGCAGUACCAUGUAAAUAUUUUGCGCAAUAUUAUAUUAUUUGUAUUAUGUUAUAUUCCAGAUUUCAAUUAGCGCACACUUGUUUAUUAUAAAGCACUUGUUAGAAUAAUGCGCAUUUAUACAUACUAUGAUAUUACAGCAUUGUCUUGAACCGUUUUAAAUUGCGUACAUCUUGGAUAUGCUUAUGUUCAAUGUUAUUCCUCUGUUAAAAAUGCUAAAAAGCGAAGUCACUUUGAGUGUCAUGCUAACAACGGAAAAUAAGUAGGAAUAACUAGAACGUAUUUUGGGUGAUGUAAUUAGCAGAAAGGUCAUUGCAAGGGGACGUAAUUUACUCAUUCGGUGCACACUUUGAACUUCAGUAAAAGUACCAUAAAAGAUGAAACGUUUCAGACUUUUAAAAACUACAAACAGUGCCAUAUUGAAUCCAAUGUGGUGGCAAAUGCCGUGUUAUGUGAACAAGAUAUGACGCACGUGAGUGGUGCGCGAUUUAUGAUGACGAUUCAAUAUGGCGUCAUUUAGUUAGUCUUGUGGAGGUAGUUUGUGACGUUUAGAAUGUUUUGCUUGUUAAGUCAUUCCAAUACAUAUCAAGAUCUAUGCACAUAUGAUAAAACAUAUCACCAUUGACCAGAAUGAUUUUAUCAACGAUCAGAAUACCCUUUCUAGUGCGUUCGAUCACAUAUCACAUAUCACAUAUCAUAAUAAUAAUUCAAAUUCUUACUAAAAUACACCUUUCUCAUCCCGUAAUCCAUUUUCCCAUUGAAUUCAUUUUAUCAUAAAACUGAACCAUAUUUUAAGAUCUCAAAUCUUGGAGCGUUUGAUCUAAUUAAGAAAUAAUCCAACAUGUACCAAAUUGGGGUUUGUCCUGGUUGUAUGAAAUAAUCGGACAUGUAACAAAUUGUUUUUUUCCUGGUUGUAUCAGAUAAUCUGUCUGAGAGACUGGAUAAUAAAACUGUUUAUUGUUUAAGAACUAUAAAAGCAUUCCUUUUUAUAAACCUAAAUUUGAAGAGCGUUUAUUUUUGCUUUUGUUAUCCAGACACAUUUUUACGUUAUUCUAAUCAUCACGUGCUUGCCUUCAUGCGCCAUUCUUCAUUUAUUAGUUAUUUAUUUAGUUUUAUGUUAAAAUGGACUUUUUGUAUAUAGGGAGGUAUAUUUGUUAGAUGGCGGCUUGGGCCGGGGAGUGACAGCCGGGGAGUGACAUAGGUCUGAUGGCUUUGUACUACCACUUCCGGUUUCGUAGUUAUGCUAGUUCCGGUUGGAGGUUAUACCCAUGAAACACCGAUUUAACCGCUAGUAUUUUUUAAACAUCCAGGUUCUUCAGAUUGAAGUGGUAUAGUGGAUUUGCAAGAAAAAGUAAAACAAAUACAAUUAUGUGGGGUUGAAGGUUUAACGUGUCUGAACCAAUCCAGAACUUGACGACGGGCAUAAGACAGCAUAAGAGGUGUAAAAUAAGAUUGCAAAUUUGGCUCAUAUGGUCAUCCAUACAAUUUGAUAUACAUGAUCAUCCAUACAAUUUGGUAUAUAUGGUCAUCUACAUGUAUAUAAUUUGGUAUAAUGGUUAUCCAUACAAUUUGGUAUGGUUAUCCACACAAUGUAGUAUAUGUGGUCAUCCAUACUGCAAUAUAUAGCGAUUUUAUUUUCUAAGAUAUGCCUUUGGUUUCGUCUUACAUUUAGUUUAAAAUAUUACCAGUAAUUGUUUUGUGUUUCUUCAAUCUGAUUAAAAUACAGAUCUAUAUUUCGUUUCGUUUUUUUAUACGUUCCAUGGCCUACUCUACAUGAAGAUCUGGCUGGUUGUAAUGGAAGGUCACGUCAGGGGUCUUACGAGCGGCUUUUGACCCUAUGACAUCAGACGUUUCGAGUGGUUUAUCCACAGUUCCAUGCAUCGCACGCGAAGAAGUCACCAUGAAAGAUGGUUACAUUGGCUAAUCCCUCACGCCAUAUAGAACGCAGGUUAUAUAACAACUCUUCCAGAUCCUAUUGUAGUACAGACAAAUAAAACGAAAUUUUGAACUAUAAAAAUCGAAACGAAAUAGUGUUUUAAUCAGAUUGGUGUUUCUUUCACCGGUGAGUACAAAUAUUACCUGAUGUUAUGGUCUCUAUGUUGUGAACAUAGAAAAUAUUAAGUGUUUUGCCAAAUUUGUAUUUUGGGAUAUUUGUAUUCUAUGCUAACAUAAUUUAAGCUUAAAGCAAUGUGUUAGUAUCUAACAAUUAAAUUUGUAUUAAUUUGUAUUUUACAAUAUAAUAGAUACGGUUGGUGGUUCGCAGAAACAGGAUAGCCAAUCGGAUUGUCACAAAAUCACGGAAUCUUUCCUAGGGGAGAGCGUUUUGGAUUAUCACCGAAAGACUUGGGACCGUUUUCAAUGAAUUUUACAAGGUAGAAGAAGACCAAUGAAUGUAGAUUAGAUUGUCAUUUCGCCUGACUAUCGUCAAGCGUAGCUAACAAUAUCAGGCCAAGUGAAAUACCACGAUAUUAAACGAAUGGAUAGUAUGUUUCCAGUGUCCCGCCAUUUUGGCCUUGUUUGAUGUAUUUGUAGUUUCGUAUUCGUAUUUGUAUGUUAAUUUUAUACUGUGUAUUUUUCAUUACUUGGUGAUUAGUUAUUUAUUCCAGACUUGAUUUAUUUAUUAUGAUUAUAAUUCUCCAUGUUUUAUUAUAACAUUUUAUUAUGUAUACGUUUAAUUCUUAAUUAUUCUGCUGUUUAUCGCUUUUAAUAUAAUCUAGUUUCUUUAUUAUUUUUUUUACCAUUUUUAAAAAUCGUCAAGCAGUAUUUUUUCAUUAAUUUGCCAAAUUUAUUAAGAUUGUAUUAAGAUUAAUUAUAUAACAUUUUAAUUAAGAACCCAAAACCUAAACUUCAACGCUAGAUAAGAAAUUACCGUAGAACUUGUUUAUAUCGCCUGGAAAGAUUGCCGGAUGUUGGUAAAUUUUCAACUUAUCAUAUACUGAAUGGAACUGAACCAUUUUUACACUGACAUUCCCUUUAAAUAUUGAUGUUUUAAGUAGUUUGCAAAGGAUUCAAAAUUCCUCAGAUGACGAGCGUCGGUUUUAAAGGACAUUUUAAAAGUCUGUGAUUCACGAAAAUAGAGGUCCUAAUAGGCUUUAAAGGACAUUUUCAAAGUCCAUGUUUUACUAAAACAAAGGUCCUAAUAGCCUUUAAAGCAUUUUUAGAUACGUAGGUUUUAUAUACCCAUUCAUAUAAAAUUGUUUUUGCAGCUUAUGUAAGACUUACAUUUUAAUUAUGGUAUAUCGCUGUCUUUAUGUCUUUAAUUCUUACCCGAGAGUCCCUCCCCGAUAUUCUGGAACCCUUUUAUUUUACGUAUCAAAUUUAAAAAUGAAUGAUUAUACAUAUUUAUAUACAUAUACAUUUCUAACGCUGUUAUGAUUCGUAAAUAUUAGACCAUUCCAUAUGUAAACUAAAAUAUACAAAUAUAUCAAUUGUUAAUUUAUUGAUGGGUCGAUACGUGUAUUUUAACAUGGUUAAUUUUUUAACAGAUGCUGAAAGUAUUAUACUGUAGUUCAAAUCUCUGGCCUGGCUUCCUCUUGUCAGUGGUGCAGGGCGGAGGUCCUAACAAGGACAUCUGUCUAGUUGUUUGGAUAGGAGGAAAAACCGAUGUCCCGUGUAUAUAUUGGUGUGCACGUAAAAGAUCCCUUGGCAGUUGAAAUUCGAUAUACGAGUAGGCCAUAGUGCCACUGCCUGGACAAGAUUUCCCUCAUUGCACACUGUAUGGCCUUUGUAGAAUAAUCAUAUCGUUAGGAUUAAUUGUAUUAAAGGCCGAUCCGAAUAGAACGUCUAAAUAUAACAAUUUUGAUGAAACCAUAACUGGGGAAGCUUGUUACAUACCCAGUUUAAAAUGUUUCAUACGAAUAAACAUUUAUUGUGAAUUUUAAAUUCAAAUUCAAAAAUACCUCUGAUAAAUUACAUUUGUUAUUAUGUUAUAUUAGAAUACCAAUCUUAAUUCCAACUUAAUCUUUUAUUCGUUUCGUUAGACUAUUUACGUGAACAACCGAUUGUUUUAGCAGGGAGUACAGAGUUGCCCCCCUUCUUUACUAUUUUGUGUUUAUGAAAGUGAGAGUGGUGGAAUGCUGGAGCGCUCGAUUGCUUUUCUCGAAUAAAUAAAUAAAUAAAUUCGAACCUUCCUGGACCCCCCUUUGGACCACUGGGUCCGAGAACGAAUUAACACCAACCCCCUACCCCCAUCGCCCGCCCCACGCGCCCGAAGCUCACCACUUCCUGCACAACCCCGGUUAUAGAUUACAUGAAUAAUACGCAGCAAAACAGAAACGAAACGAAGGUAGUAUAAAAAGCCAAUAGUAAUUUAAUAAGAUUGAAUAUUUUAAUAUAAAAACUUCUAGUCCGCUUUAAAUAGCUUGCAUCAGUUUAUUAUCUUUAUAUGUUUAUCAUUAUUUUUUUAUUUUAGUUAUUUAUAUAUCAUUUAUCACGGUUAGUGCUAAAUGUUAAGGUCAGCUGAAUUUUUUGUCAUAGGUCACGAGAUGUAAACAGGGCUAGGGCUAAUCCCAACCCUAACCCCAAAUCUGGACCUAGCCCCAAUGCUAACCCUAGCCCUAACCUACAAUCGCGCCAACAAUCACGUGCCCUAACCUUAUUUACAUCUCAACGACCUUGACAAAAAUUGAGCUGGCCUUAACAAAUAUAUUUAGCAAUCUAUCACCCAGUAUUUAGUUGUUAGUUGUUUUGAUUUAAAGAGAGAAGGUAGUAAAUAUAAAUAAAACCCGUCUAUAAUUAUGAUUAAACCUAACUGAUGUUUCAUCAAAGCAACGGUUUAGUAUAGUACAUGAAUACACGCGUACGUGGAAACUAAUAAUGCGAAUUUCUGGAAAUCGAGAGAGAGAGAGAGAGAGAGAGAGAGGGUGAGGACAUUACUUGAAUACAGUCGUACAGGAACUAGCCACGGGAUUCGUUAAGUAAAUGUAAAACUAUAUGACCUGGGCCCUGUUUCUCGAAAUCUUAACUAAAGAUACAACCCAAAUUUUAGUAGAUACUUCAAUUUUGAUUGGCUAAGCACUAAAAUCAAUCUAAUAUUAUCCAAUCAAAUUACUUAAAUUUGGAUUUUAUCGUGAAAUAGGCCCCUGGUCUAGACGGGGUAAGCCAACCCUGCCGUGUCUACUAAAUUAGGUUUUUAGUUGGGUUUUAUUUUGUAUUGGAUACCCGUUUCCUUUUAAAUUGGAUAUCCAUUGAUAAAGCUUGGAGGUAAUCCUACUUUAUGAUUAAAACAAUAAAACUAUUUUAUUUUUCAUUCAUUAUUAUCCCUUUUUAAAUUGUAUAUUUUUUAAAUCGUAGAUGAUGAUCGAAUUUUACAGUCUUUAAUUCAUACUUCUUUACUUCUUUAUUACAAAAUUUUGCGCCUGUCGUUUAGAAUGUGAACUUCUAAAUGUGAGAAAUUAAAAGUAAGCCAUUUUGGUUAGCCGGUUGACAAUAUUAAUACUUUAGUGGCAUUUAGCGAUGGGAGACAUAACAGAACUAACACAGUUAUAUGGGAAAACAAUAACUGGUUUAUUAUACACUAGUACGACGUUUCGAUAAGUAUCCUCUUAUCGUUAUCAAGCACAAUACUUACCGAAACGUCGUACUUGUGUAUAAUAAACCAGUUAUUGUUUUCCCAUAUAACUGUGUUAAACUGUUUCAAUGGCAUUUAGUAAUUGAACUAGAGUAUACAGGUCACAAUUCUAUGGAAUACAAUUACUGCUUAUUAUUGAGCGACGUUUCGACUAGGCUUCUCUAGUUAUUAUCAAGCUAUGAUAAAAAUGAAAAUAUGACAGGACAAUAUAUACAUGUACACAACAAUGCUUAGUUAAUGCUGACAAAGACUAGAGAAGCCUAGUCGAAACGUCGCUCAGUAAAAAGCAGUAAUUGUAUUCCAUAGAAUUGUGACCUGUAUAACUGUGUUAGUUCUGUUAACAAUAUUAUCAAUAUACGGUUCAUAUUUAUAAAUGAAAUCAAUGCUUUUAUAUUACUGAUCGAUCGUCAUAACCAUGUGUUUUGGUAUGGUCCUGUCUGAUUUGGGUGAUAUAUAACGAUUUAAUCACCAGUACUGUUGGUCAUUAUAAUUUAAGUACAUAUCAUCAUAGUUUAAGUCCAGAACAUCUUGAUUGAAGUUCAUAACAUUAUCAGGACUUGGCGGAGCUAACUAGUUAUCUUGCUUUUAACUAGUUAGUUUAUUUUUAACUACAUUAACAAUUUUGACUCCACACAGUCCUACAUUUUGAUUUAAGUACAUAAGAAUACGAUGUAAGUACAGGACAGGGCUUGGUCUUGAUUGAAGUUCAGAAGAUCUUUAUUUAAGUUCAGAAGAUCUUGAUUUAAGUUCUGAAGAUCUUGAUUUAAGUUCAGAAGAUCUUGAUUUAAGUUCAUAAUAUCAUGAUUUAAGUACGUCACGAUACGAUUUAAGUUCAGGACAAGACUGGGCCAUGAUUUAAGUAUAGAGCACUAUGAUUUAAGUUCAGGACAAGACUGGGCCAUGAUUUAAGUAUAGAACAUUAUGAUUUAAGUUCAGGAAAAGACUGGGUCUUUAAGUAUAGAGCAUUAUGAUGUAAGUACAGAUUGUGUCAUGAUUUAAAUACGGAAUAUCAUUUUUCGGAUUAGAACAUUUUGAUCGAAUAACAGGUACUUAUGUAUAAAGCAAUAAUGGAACUGUAUUUUGAUGAUAUAAGUAGACAUAGAUUAGAGGUUUAUAUUAGUAAAGAGAUAUUUAAAAAUAACAUUGAAUACAGCAGAAAAGAGAUGUAUAUUAUUAAAAAAUAUAUGUAUACAUUAUAUAUUAUCGUUAUUUAGCUUAUCACCCAUCAAUACAUUUUAUAUUAGUAAA